AUGUAUUCUCGUCCAGGUAGAGGUGAAAACGAAGAGGAUUUGUUGAAAAUACAAAAGGAGUUUUUGUCUCGAGGAAGGAAUCCAGCUGCUGGUGUUGGACACUCGACUGGUAGCAGAUCAGCAGAAUUAUCAGAGCUGAGAGAGGAAGACGACAGUACAUGUGAAAAAAGACCACAUGAACGCGAUGUUGUACAGCUGCAAGGCACAGAAAAUGUUGAAGUGUUUCCAAACAUUCCCAGGAAGAAAUCCAAGUUUAAAGAUAGACAUGCCACGCUGCAAUCCAAACAAAAUGACAGAUCUAGGGAUACUAAUCUUGAUGGGGCAGAUCUCUUAGAAAGUCAUGACAAGCAUGUUACAGUUUUGCUUUCUAAAGUCAUGGAAAGAGAAACUGAAUCCUGUCCUAUUGUGAUGCCAAGUAUCACUCCCAAAGGGUUCCCAACAGUUCUACACAGAGAUACAGUAGAAUUGUCUACCAUGGAGGAACAGAGUGGUUCCAGGAAGAGUUUGUUUGCAAAACAGUUUGCAAAAUCUGAAGAAAAAGACUUUGGUAUAUUACCAAGAAUGCGACCUAUUAUCAGGGGCGAAGAUGGUGAUAUUGAUGAAGAUAUGAUAGAUGAUGAUUCACUCUCCUUUUGUCCAACGCUCAUCACUGGUGAAGGACUUAAUGAUGGCGAUGCAAACCAGUCAGCUGCAGCUAUGGCUGAAAUACACAAAAUACAUGCAGAGAAUGUUGAGAAACUCUCAUCUAUGUCCGAAAAAGAGAUUUUGGAAGAACAAGCUAAACUUCAACAAAUGCUUGAUCCAUCUAUUCUCAAAUUUCUCCAAGAGAGGCGGAAACAACAACAAUCUACAAGCACCACGAAAGAUAACUCCCUUCUCGGGGAAGAUGAUGAGGGUAUAGAUACUAUGAAUCUUGUUGAUGAUGGAACAGCAGGUGAAAGCCAGGAGAAGUCUAAGGUUGAGAAAGAUGUCGAAGGUCUGGUUGGUAUGGCAAAUGAUAUUCUGGGAACCAACAUUUCUGAGAAGUGGCUGCAUAUGGAUCAAGUUGAACCAGAAAAGUUGGAAUGGAUGAAAGAUCUGCCAAAUGUAAAGAAGUCUGGGACAAGUGAACAAGCCAGAUUUGACUUUAACGGAAACGUUUUGAUUGGUGCUGAAGAUAUUCCAGAAUAUGUGGGAUUGCAUCACCAUGGCGAUGAACCAGAAAGAGCUGGGUAUACGUUGGAGGAAUUGUUUUUACUCUCAAGAAGUAACUUUUUGCAACAACGUGUGUUGGCCAUCAAUACUCUAGCGAGAAUCAUCAAGAAGGAUCGUUGUGGAACGUAUCGUGGUCAUUUAGAUCAGGAUUUGCUACCGUUGUUGCUUCAAGCUGGUCUGCCGUUUCUUCUUCGUUGGUCCUUGGAUGAUAGCACGGACUCUCAGAUUGCUGCUUCCGUCAGUUGCUUUAACGCAAUGCUUGUUAGCAAACAAGAUGAGACCGUGGCAGAUCUAUUGUGCUUUGGUUGGUACCGGGGGAAAGAGUUGCCAUGUUUGUGUCCACAGGAGAUGAAGGAUUCUGAAGGAGGCUCGAACAAUCUUCCGGAUGUUGAUGUUGUCAAACACGACUUGAUAAAAGGUUUGUUGCAGAUGCGAUUUCUUCCAAGGCUGCGUUAUAUCCUGGAGGUGUGUCAUCCUGCGUCCCCAGUUGUUCUAGAUAUCCUCGAGAUCCUCACCAGGAUUUCUCGACACUCGACCGAAGCUGCUCACUGCGUCGCAAAAUGCCCUCGACUACUAGAGACAAUACUAGUCCAGUUUGUGCCAAGCUCGUGGAAGGCUAGAGAGAGAUCAGUUGCUACGACUGAUCUCUAUGGCCAUCCUUUGGCUGAAGCUUUGAAAGUAUUCAGAGUUUUAUGUUGUGCUGGAAAACAUCUUGCAGAUACACUGAUUACCAAGUACGGUUUGAUAACCAAAAUUUUACGAUUUAUAACAGUACCAGCUGAACAAAUGAUGUUAGACACAACGGAAGCGCUUCAACUAGCUGCAGAGAGUUUAACUAUUUGGAGUAUUUGUAUAUCAUAUGGUUUGUCCUGUGAGAAUUUGAGCAACGUUUACCCGCAUAUUCUAACUCAAGUCCAAGGAUUGGCCUCGUUACCAGUCUACGAUCAACCUCAAGCGAGCACCUCCUGUGCUUGUGCUCUGGUGGAUCUUGUUGAAGCCGUGACGCAUGUCGCUGGAAACAAGGCCGAACUGCGGGCGCAGUUGACGACUCGGUUCAGUGCAAAAGAUAACCAUCCCGGUUGCAUGGACGCAAGUCAUCUCCCCCCGUCCCCUAUUGAUUGGAGUCAUGUGACUGGAUUGCUACCUCUGAUUGGACACUGCGUUCGACUUUUCAAAGACCAGUUCGUGUCUAUUGAGGAGAGGAUUGCUAAGGAAGAAUCAUUCCUUUUGAUGUCGCGAAUUUUCAAUCUUUUAGCAUCGUUUUAUGAAAAACUUUCGACCCAGGUACAUAAAGCUGCUUUUGCUUUCUCCGUUUUUUCGCCAGUGGAAUGUUUGGAAGAGAUCGAAAGCUUUCUAAUGAACGAAAUUUGUGUCCCCAUUCUAGAGUCUAAAACGUUGUCGAUUUUGCUGGUUAGAAUGAGAGAUUACACUUCGUAUUUCACGAGGGAAACAUCAGCCGCUGAUCCGUCACGUAUUCCCAAUCUUCCUGAUUACGGUCGCUGUGCAGGACAGAGUAGUUGCUCAAACCAACCAGAUAUUCCACGUUGUCUUCACAGAGGAACGCCAUUUCCUUUUUUGCUCUCCUUCGCCAGGCUAGCCAUGGUCAUUACGUCAUGUCAUAAAGGUCUUGCGAAUAAGUUUUUACCGUUCGUAACGUGUGAUACUAUCGUCGAAUAUUUAAAAUUAAACUCGACUCCUGGACAAAAUAAUGGGGAGACUGGGUGUUAUUUUAUUAAGGUCGAACAGCAUUUCCAGUAUUUUCUUAUCAAACUGUUUUACAAUAUCCUUCUUCAAAGUGACAUCAUGGAUGGUGAGCUAACAGCAUUGUAUCACACGACAAGUUUGCUUCUCUUUUCGCGGCUGUUUCCUGGGGAUGAAUUUUAUGCUCACGAUCUUAUGUCUCUUGUCCUAUUCAACGCUGCUCUCUUUCACGAGAGCAAAGAUGAAUGCGCAACAACAAUAGCAUCAAACUUAUCCGAAAUGGGAAUCGAGUCAUCUGCCGCGAUGAAAGAUGUUCCUUCAAACAAGCAGAAGUCAUUCUCGCGCGGAGAGCUUCUUUCAGAAGCGUACAAAGAUUUGCUGUCCAUUCGUUCAACGUUCAUAUCUUCUUUUGCACAAAUGAGACACGCGUUAGCAAAAUCCAGAGCUCACAGCCUUCAUCAGCCUCAGAACAUUACGUCAUUUCUACUGCCGCUUGUUGAUGGUACAAUGCUGCCCGCUGAUUGGAUGUUUCUUCCUUUAGUCGAUCUUCAUAAUACCGCUGUUAAAUCCGAAUUGCUGUCCAAACCACAACAGGAUCGCCUCACAAGCGCAUCAGGUUCUAUCGUGAAACGAACAUUGCAAUGGGUUCUUCUGCUUGAAGAAUGGCGACCGGUAGUCUUACAUAAAGUAACGACCACGGCAAAAGUAGUGCGGCUCAUGUGCACUUUUCUUACAGGUAGUGAUUUAUUUCUGGACAACCUGAUUCAUAAUUACCUCAAAUCAUUGCUCCAUAUUUACACUCAUUCCUCACAGUUGGCCCCUCUCGAUUUCAACUCAGCUAUACCAGGAAUUACUUCGUUCUACGAUCUAUUCAUCUCGUUCGUUACCCAGUAUGAAGCUGUGUCGUUUGGAGACAAACUCUUCUCCUCUUUUCUAAUUUUGCCCUUACAACAACGAUACAACAACAUGUUUAGAAAAGCUGUUUGGAAUGAUCAUACAGGCGUGUUCAGGUCGUUUGGCUUAACUUUUGACGACCUAACAAUUCCUGUUGAGUAUUUUCUAUUCCCGUCUGAAUCCAGUUUUGAAAUCUUAACACUGCAACUACGGGCACUGGCUGGCGCUUUACGCCAAAAUUGGUCUUCAAUCUUUUAUUUAAUCGCUGUGCAUCAUUUAUCAAGUUACAUUUUCACAAAACCAGAGAACUUGAAUUCAUUCAAUCAGAAAUUGAAGCUUAUGAAUCAAGUUUUACUCCUACAAAACCAGGAUGUUAGAAAUGACGUCAUUUUGUAUCACAAACCAUCGUCAGAUCAUCCGAAAGGAUUUCAAGUCUUCUCUGCCCUUCCUCCGACACGUGAGCUGUUGCUGAGAUAUAAAAAUGAACCCGAGGAAGCUUGGGGAGUCUGGAACCAAACUGCGUAAAUUGAUAGACUGGGUUUUUGGUUUAUGAUUAAAUUAGAUAUUGUAAAUAGAAUCACGCGGUUCGUGUAAAUAGUCAUCCGUUGUAAAAGGCCUUGGUUCUUCUCCAAUCCAGCCUUUGCUCCUUGAACAAUGCAGAUUAAUGUUGUAUUUCCUAAAGGCGCUGUUACACUACACCAUUUUUCUUCCAACUUACAAUGCAUUUAUAAUGAUGUUUAUUGGUAUGCUAAGAAAACGUUAGCAGAUCGUAAGACAUGUUCGUAUUUGUCAACUUUAGAUGUCUCAGGAGUAGAACUGCGUUGCAAGUUGCAAGGAAAGUUGCAUAGUGUAACAACACCGCCUUGAUUAACCAUCGCGCACAAGAUUAUAUUGGCAAGAAUUGAUGGUUGUGUUUUCGAGUCUGAUUUCCAUCCAGUGCAAAAUGUCUUGUAUCAGGGUAGUCCAAGGUGUGUUUUAAUAGAACGGCAAUACGCAUGCGUGCGUUAACCACUCGUCAACACCACUUGAGUCAACACAAUGUCAGUCAAUCGAAUUCCAAAUAAACAAUUAGAACUCCUUAAACUAGUUCCAGUCCUUGUUUUAGUCACGCGAGAUAAACGUCAAACCAUGA